AUGUUUACAGUCUUGAAUCUGGCUUUAAUGAAAAUUUUUCGACAUCUUGAAAUCAAUAUGAAAAAAAUUAAAGACAAUAAUAACAGUACUGAAAGAGAUGGCAUCUCAUCGCAAAAGAUAAAUUUUAAAACAUUUAAAAUUGAGGAAUCAUAUUACAGAUACGAAAAGUGCUAUACAUUACUUAACAAAGUCAAGUCAAAGUUAGUAAUAAUGGCUGGUCAUUCCCACAGGUCAUCGGUUAAGAACGGCCACAAGGCGUUCAAAUCUAAGCAUUCUUCCAAAGGUGCUUUAAAAAGAGUUUAUAAAGGUAAAGUCGAGAAGGAAAUUGCCAAUAAUAAGACAUUGAAAACAGUUUCAAAAUUACAACGUAAAAAUAUGGCAAAACAGUUAAGGGAUAAGAAAAUUUUUGACUCUUUGGAAAUAAGAAAAUUAUUUGACGGACUAAAUGGUGCUCAUAAGAUCAUUACUGUCAUUCCAUUGACUUCUGAUGUUUAUGCUAACGAAAUUGUUAAACAAAUCCUGAUUUCUGCAGACAUUGGUAUUGACCCUAUUGACCAAAACGAUAAUACUAAUACUCCAAGUAUUACAAAGUUUAAGAUUCCAAAAUUUAAAUGUAACUUGGAAUUUAUUAUCCCAGAUAUGAGUAACUUUUUGAACAUUUUAGAUUGUGCUAAAGUGGCAGAUUUUGUUGUUUUUGGAUUAAGUGGAACUUCAGAAGUGGAUACGGAAUUUGGUGAACAAAUUAUUCGUGCUUUGGAAUUGCAAGGUAUCUCAUCAUACAUCGGUGUCGUUUCUAACUUGUCUAAAGUUCAUGAAAAGGAAAAAUUUCAAUUGGAUGUUAAACAAUCUUUGGAAAGUUAUUUUAAGCAUUUCUUCCCAAGUGAAGAUCGUCUUUAUAAUUUGGAAAAAUCGUCAGACUCUUUGAAUGUUUUAAGAACUAUAUGUCAGAAAUUACCACGUAACGUUCAAUGGAGGGACAACAGAGGAUAUUUGAUUGCCGACCAAGUCGAUUUUGUAGAAAUCAGUCAGGAACAUGGAAGUUUGGUGAUAGAAGGUGAAGUCCGUGGUGUAGGAUUCCAAGCAGAUAGGUUAGUUCAUAUUCCAGAUUUAGGGGAUUUCCAACUUUCAAAAAUUGAAAGAAUCAAAACUUCUCGUAGAGAGAAGAAAACUACAAAGAAAAAUAACGACGAAGACGUGAUUGCAGAAUUGACUUCUGAACUUCAAAAUGAAUUCCACCCAAGUAAUAACAGAGACGACCUUGACGACUACGCACCAGAAGAUUUAGAAAUGGAACAAUGGUCAGAUGAAGAUGAUGACUUUGCAUAUGACGAUUUAAAGGCUGCAAGAUACGAUGAUCAUGGGUUCUUACCAGGAAGAGAACAAAAGGAAAAGAAAGUCAAAGUUCCAAAGGGUACUUCCGAUUACCAAGCCAAAUGGUAUGUGGAUGAUGUAGUAAAUGUUAGCGAUGAUGAAGAUACUGAAGAGCAUGAUUUCCAGAAAGCCCUAGCAGGAAAUGAAAAUAACGGAACGCUGUAUGAUUAUGAACAAAAUAUGGAUGAUGCUAAUAAUGACAUGAACAUGGAAGAAGAUGAAGAGGAUCAUGCUGAUAAUUUUGUUGAUUUAUCUCCAGAAGAAGAAGAACGUCAACUACAAGAAUACAUGGCAAUGGAAAAAGAAGAUCGUGAAUUCCCUGAUGAAAUAGAAUUAAAUCCAAACGAAUCAGCCAUUGAACGCCUGAAGAGAUACAGAGGUUUGAAGAACUUAUACAAUUGUAUUUGGAAUGUUGACGAGAAGGACCCACAUGCACCAUCAGAAUGGAAACGUCUUUUGAGAAUAGGAAACUAUAAAAACACCCGUAAUAGAGUUCUAAAAGAAACAAAAGCUCAAGUUGAAGUUACUGCUGGUGAUCGUAUUAGAUUAUUCAUUAAUUUCCCUAAAUUCCUAUUGGAGAAAAUUGUUGAUCCAAAGCAGAAGUUACUGGCUGUUUAUGGUCUAUUAUCACACGAACAUAAGAACGCCAUGGUUAAUUUCUCAAUAGAAAGAUGGGAAGAAUAUGAAAAACCUGUUCCAUCAAAGGAACCAAUUGUUGUGCAAUAUGGUGUUAGAAGGUACACAAUACAGCCACUUUUCUCCGGUGAUUCAAAUAGUCCGAAUAACGUUCACAAAUUUGAUAGAUUUUUGCAUCCAGAUACAUUUUCCAUUGCUACUUGUAUUGCCCCAGUUGACUUUACUCAAUCCCCUGCUAUUUUCUUCAAACCAUCCGAAACCGAUGUUAAGGGAAUUGAACUAAUAGGACACGGCACUUUCAUGAAUGCAGACCAUACAAGAGUUCUAGCCAAGAGAGCUAUUCUAACGGGUCAUCCAUUUAGAUUUCACAAGAAUGUUGUCACGGUCCGUUACAUGUUCUUUAGAGCAGAAGAUGUUGAGUGGUUCAAGUCCAUCCCAUUGUUUACAAAAACUGGUAGAUCUGGUUUCAUUAAGGAAAGUCUGGGUACUCAUGGUUACUUCAAGGUUAACUUUGACGGUAAACUGUCUGCUCAAGAUGUCGUGGCAAUGUCUCUAUAUAAACGUAUGUGGCCAAAAACUUCGCUACCUUGGUCUUCACUAUGA